AUGGGAAGAGCAAACGCAGGCAAAACGUCUAUCCUUCACAAGGUCUGCAAUACCACGGAUAAACCAGAAAUUUACGAUACCAAAGGACACAAGACGAUCAGCGUGGAAAUCACGACAUCAGAAAACGAGCUGGUAUUCAAAAGCAAUCCCGCUUUCGUUUUCCACGACUCAUGCGGGUUCGAAGCGGGUUCUGAAGAAGAAUUCGAGGGACAUGAAGAAUUUCAUCUCAGAACGGGCAAAGGCGACAAAAUUGGAGGACCGACUUCAUGCUAUUUUGGUUUCUGCAUUCCAAUGGACGACCAUUGUCGAACGUUCCAACGGGCGGAGGAAAAAUUCUUCUCGGAGUGCGACACCGGGCACAGCGAGUUUUCAACAGGUGUCUUGGAUCGCUUGUAUGAUUAUAAAAACCGUGCUCGUCCUAAGUACGAUGUGCGCUUGGAAAAUAUGCAGAAACCGAAUACGAACUGCAACAUUCUACUGGAACACACCACUCUAGCAUUGGACAACGAAGAAUUGCAAUUGUGCUUGAUAUCGACACAGCAGUCGAACCUGGAGCUUUGCAUCAAAUGUGCCGUUAGAGCACUCGUCAACCGUGCGCAUCAUAAUUCUGGGCAAAUAGAUUUUGAAUUCUAUCCGUAUCACAUCGCUCAGUGGUUUCCACAUCUAAAA